UGGGGGUAAAAAUACAGCACAGAGAGGACAGUGGGGACCACAAAGGAAUGGAAACAGCACCUCGGUAAAUUUUAGGACCUUUUUGUUGUGAUGUGAAUCUGUUGGAGCGGUAGUUAAACUGUGAGCUGAGGCGGCUGGCAGGCGAACAACUGCCUCAUAGGAGUGGGGAAUGUGAGCGGGUGAAGCGGCGCAGCAGCAGGGCGCACCGCUGUCUCCGACUGCUUUUUCUCAGCUGAGCCAUCAGCAUCCAGAGGCCCCGGCUGUUUUCCCAGGCCUGUACCCCGAAGGAUAGACUUUCUGUACACAGUAAGGUGGACUCCAAAAUGGGGGUGAAAACCUUCACCCACAGCUCAACCUCCCACAGCCAGGAGAUGCUCGACAAGCUAAAUGCUUUGCGCAAUGAGGGUCACUUGUGUGACGUGACUAUCCGGGUCCAAGACAAGCUCUUCCUGGCACACAAAGUGGUCUUGGCCUGCUGCAGUGAAUUCUUCCGCUCCAAGCUCGUGGGCCGACCAGAGGAGGAGGAAAAGUUUGUUUUGGACCUUCAUCAUGUGACAGUUAGUGGGUUUGCCCCACUUUUGGAAUAUGCCUACACCUCUACCCUUUCCAUCAGCACAGAGAAUAUCAUCGAUGUCCUGGCAGCUGCAAGUUACAUGCAGAUGUUUGCUGUGGCUAGCACGUGUUCAGAGUUUAUGAAGUCAAGUAUUCUAUGGAGCUCAACCAACAACAACAGCAACAACCUAGCAGCAGAUAAACCACAUGAAGCAGCACCUGAGAGUGCCUCGUCAAACUGUGCCCUGACACCGUUGGACGGCAGUGUGUCCCCUGUAUCAUCUGACUGCAGCGUGAUGGAGAGAAACGUUCCUAUCUGCCGUGAAUCACGACGGAAACGGAAAAGCUUUGUCACAAUGGCGUCACCAGAGAGUCCUCUCAAAUGCACUACACAGAUGGUUACCACCUCCCCUCAGAUCACCAACCCGUCCCCAUCAUUCUCAGAUGGCCCAGCCCAGCCUGUGGAGUCUUCCCUGGCCUUUCCUUGGACUUUCCCUUUUGGAAUUGACCGCAGGUUUCACUCAGACAAAUCCAAGCUGCCAGAGAGCCCCCGCUGUUUGGAGCAGGGCGCCCCAGGGACCUCAGAAGGCGUGGUCGCUCGGCGGCUCAGUGACUUCCUGACAUGUGAGAGCUCCAAGGUAGCAUCCUCACCGGUGGCAACAGAGGAGGAAGAUGUGAGGGUAAAGGUAGAGCGUCUCAGUGAUGAGGAGGUUCAGGAGGCAUCAUCCCAGCCAGUCAGCGCCUCUCAGAGCUCAAUGAGUGACCAGCAGACGGUACCAGGGAGUGAACAGGUCCAGGAAGAACUGCUUAUCAGUCCACAGUCCUCUUCUAUAGGAUCAAUGGAUGAAGGAGUGUCAGAAAGCUUGCCUUCAAUGCAAAGCACCUCUAAUGCUGGAGGACACGCAGAGGAUGAUGAGAGACUGGAAGGUAUUCAGUAUCCAUACCACCUCUAUAUAAGCCCAUCGGCUCGACCCGGCACCAACGGGCCCGACCGGCCUUUUCAAUGUCCAACCUGCGGAGUCCGAUUCACACGCAUUCAAAACCUGAAACAGCACAUGCUCAUACACUCCGGCAUUAAACCUUUCCAGUGUGACCGCUGUGGGAAAAAGUUCACACGGGCCUACUCCCUAAAGAUGCAUCGGCUGAAGCACGAAGGUAAACGCUGUUUCCGGUGCCAGAUUUGUAGCGCCACAUUCACGUCCUUCGGUGAAUAUAAGCACCACAUGAGGGUCUCCCGACACAUAAUCCGCAAGCCGCGGAUUUAUGAGUGCAAAACAUGCGGCGCCAUGUUCACCAACUCUGGCAAUUUAAUUGUACACCUGAGGAGUCUGAACCAUGAGGCAUCCGAGCUAGCAAACUACUUCCAGAGCAGUGAUUUCCUCGUGCCCGACUACCUGAGCCAGGUGCAGGAGGAGGAGGAGGCGCUGGGAGUUCCAUAUGAGCUGGAGGAGUCCCAACAUCACCCGGUCUACCCGGGCAGCACCUCCAACGUCGCCACCACCACUACUGCCUCGUCCUCUUCCUCAGUCCAGAUGCCAGUCAUCUCCCAGGUCUCCUCUUCCACACAGAACUGUGAAAGUUCCUCUGGCUUCCUUUCACCCAACCCCCUGGACCCCCUGGAAACCCCAACCUCCAAUAAGACAGACGCCGACGAGACGGCAGCCAUGACAGAGGAGAACAAGAUGAACGACAGCAUCAGAGGCAGUUCUCCAGAGGUGUUUGAAGAGGAGCAGCAGCACACUCAGGCUAAGGAGGUGGCUUCCAUUACCUUAGAGUGAUUCAAGUCUUCUGCCUGCCCCUCAUGUCCUAUCUUGCACUCAGGUCAUAUGGGAAUAUAUGUUGAUUUCAUGCCUGAAAGAACCCACUUGGAGAUCUGCAUUGCAACCCUUAUCAUGUGGAACCAUGGCAGUGCAAUGGUGUUUUCUGAAGAUGCUGGUAACCUCAUGGCAUUGUUCUACAUGCAAAACUGCAGCACUUAUUUGAGUUUCACACUAGAUUUAAUUGGCUGGAGAGUCUGGGUUUCUCAGCAUUUUAGUUACCUGAAACUGUGAGUUCGCAGUAUUUUUAUUAGUAGUUUUAGUAGUGAGCUUGUUAGUUUCCCAUAUGACUUGAUUGCAACACCAGUUGUAGUCGUUUAAGUGUCAGCCAGUUGGAGGUCCGUUCAUUCCAAGCCUUGCUCUACUUUUAGAAAGUGCCUGAGAGUUCACACUUUAGCAAAGUCACGUAGAAGAAGAAAAGUGACAAAUCAAGUCUUUGCAAACUGAGCUAAAAAUAGUCCUUGUAUUAAAUUUGUAAUAUUAAUGCUAGGCAGAGACUGUGUUAUUCAUCUGGUGCCGUUGCUAUUGGCAAAUUAUAAUAUGUUAAUAUUAAUCUUUACUGCAGUAGUUUGUACUGUACUUCUAUAUGAAUGCUGUGUAUGUUGAGUGUUGUUCUACGAUGUAUAAGGUGUGUAUGUGCAUUUCAAUGACCAGUAUGAACACAGUGCAUUUCCUUUUUAAAUGUUUAAAACUUGAACUAUAUUGACAGAUUAUUCCCUAAAGGUAUCUGUGCAGUGUGAACAUUUUUUGAGCUGUUCCUCAGUUUUAUUUGUCACUGAACGCUGUUGGGAAAUCCCACCCUGGUUCUUUUAAAACGCUAAUCCAGUGUCAGAAAAGUGCAGACUUAAACAAAAGGAUGGACAGUUCGAGGUUGUUUCAUAAAAAGGCAUGGGCCAGUAUGAGAUUCUUACGAUAAGGACCUUGUGUAAAAAUGUUAUAUUUACUCAGAAAAUUUAAACCAAAUAUCUGUGACAUGAUCAAGUUGGUUUUCUUGAGAUAGAAAGGCAGCCAUUAUUCCUACGACUGCUGAAAUAAUAGAACGCGGAUUAUUACCGUUAUAUUUUGUCUGUAACAUUCAUUGUCAUAGUUCAAUUUUGACACAUAGAGAAACAUACCUUUAUUUGAUAAACAGCCACUAAUUGUAGUGGUUAUGGUGGAGGAUGUUAUUUAGCUGUUUGUCAGUUUUUCUGCUCUUUACAGAUCAACACGAGUCUAACGAGCUGAUAUUACUUGUUUGACUUUUUAGCCUGCAGUUCUAUCCUUUCCAGACUUGCUGCUGGUAACCUAAGAGUUGUAGUUUUUAAAGUCAAAAGUGAGGGAAAAAUGCAUUAGCCUUCUUUUAGCCAGCUGAAUGUCAGUGCACAUCUGCUCCGUGAUAUUCCAUACUGUUGCUCACUCUGAAUGUUGUCGUCUGUGGAGUCUCAUUUAAAGGAACCAUAGAAGCAGUAUGAUGGAAAUGUUAGCUAACUUUUUAAAACCUUGGUAUAAUUACUGGUACCAGUAACUGGCCCAUGCCUGUGUACAACAGCAGUUGUUAUAUUACCAAAUUAUCUUAAAAAUGUGGUCAUUUAUUAUUUCACCCCAGCUGCAGCUCGGCCUGCUUGGUGAAUUAGUUUCUUAUUGUCAGUUUGUGUUGAAGUUUUGGAUAUUUUACAUGGUUUUCAAUUGCUUGAUUAUCAAUAGGUACAUUGCUAAUGUUUUAACAUAGUGCAUGCCCAUUGGAGUAUUGCUUUCACUUUGGUAAAACAUGACUGUUUUGAGGUUUUUAUUUAGCUUCACACAAACAUUACAAUGUCUUUAAGCAGUACCAUUUUACUGGUGCUGGUCACUCUGCCCUUUGUCAUUUUAUGCUUCUGCAUUUAUGGUUUCUUUGUGCUCAAAUAGGGGCCACUUUCUAUGGUCCCAACCGUGCACCAGUUAGCUACUGUUAUCUGCUUAUGGUCCAGCUAUAAGUAAAUGUGGUUUUAAAGCGGUUUUAAAUUUUGGUUUGAUCAGGGGUCAAAAUGUGAUAUUUUACAAGAUUAAAGCGGUCUAAACAGGGAUCAGAAUGACAGUGGAGAUGGGGUGUAAUAUAAAAUCUUCAGACCUUCAAAUACAUCUAUGUUAAAUUAUAGAUCAGAUUUGAGGAUUUCUCAGAUUAUAUAUUUCCAGCAUUUCCUUGAAAAAGGUAACUAACCAGAAAUAAAGAUAGUGAUAUGCAAUGAUUAAGUACAUUUGUAAAAAAUAUCUAGUUAUGUGUAAGAAAUAAAAGUUGGAAGGGAUGAAAAGGCAAUAUUUGGGAACAAAAUAAGGGUAUGACCUGGCAAAGCUUCAUUUUGGACACUUUAAGAACACCAAUCAAAUGUUGUCUUAAAAGUUCAAGUAGAGAAUUUCAAUCAGUCAACUUUUUUGCAUUAUGGAAAAAAAGCAGAGUGAUGAUGUUCUCUAUUCUGGUUGUAAUCAGAUUAUUUUUUUAGGCAUUGACUGUGAUAAUAUGUAGCAUAAAAGGGCAAUUCUAACCUUUGUCAUUGCAAAUGGAUAUUUGGCAGGAGUUGCAGUAUUUGAUUGCACUAACCUGGCACAUGUAAGGCUGCUGAAGUGAUUGUUUGGGCAUUUACUGUAAACAAGAAGUGAUCAGACCUGAGGAUGUUGGUUGUCCCAAGGCUGUGGAGUAAUACUGAUGUGACAUUGCUUUAGGAAUAGAAAUGCACCGAGCAGAAGUUUGUCUGAGUUUUGGUUUGCAGUUUUUGUAAAACUUUAGCCCACUGAGACAGAUUUUAGUAGAUUCCUAUUUCUUUUGAAGAGUUGUAUAUAAGAACAGCAUUUAAAAUAUUGUUUUUCUACAGCUCCUCCUGUAAGCAAGCCUUUUUUAGAGGUGGUGUCUCACUGUUCAACAGGAUUUUAUAAAAAAAAACAAAAAAAAACAUUGGCCAACAUUUCCAAAUUGAGCAUGUUCCAGGACAGCAGGUAUAACUUUGCUCUGUUCUGUUAAGCCUUUCUGUUAUCUGCUGGAGUUCCUGCUCUCUCUCGCCUGAAUCAACGUCAGAGACGACUCCUCUUCAGUCUUUUUUUCCUCGGCAACAGAGGGUGUUGCUUUUACUGCAGCCUGGUAGCACUUAGGUAGGGUGUGUUCACUGACCAGUAAAAGAUUGGAUUUUUGAGUUUCUGACCCUGUGCGUCCCUAUUCAUGAAGCAACUAGAACUUGCUAACGUAUGAGUGCAAAUACUGAGUACAUACGUAUAUGAAGCAGCAGCAACUGAUGAACCCAGCUUGGCAGCAGGCUGUUCUUCACAUUUCUGCCAUUAUGUUACAUAGCUGUGCUGUUUGGGUCAAAUUUCUGUUUUUCUGUGGUGUAAUGAUAUGGAUGCUGUCCUGCACAUAUGUAGUGAUGCCUGUGUCUUGAGAAGAUAAUGAUACCCAUGGUGAUGAUCCAUGAGUUGAACGCUACUCACAGUGACUCUGUUUCUUGUAAUAUUUUACUUCCCGCCCCAGUGAACUAGUCCAUACAGUCAACAUUUGGGUCAUACCGUAGGUGCUCACAUACAGAGUUGAUUGUAGAUGUUGACUUCAAAAUGCUAUUAUUUGGACACAUCCUGAAACCAGUCACAGCUGUUAUAUUAUAGGCUGGCGGUACCUUGUGCCAUCCUCACAGUCACUUUUUAAAAAAUGUGCCAUUUGCCCUUUUUAUCUGGGUACAAAUCAAACUUUUUAAAACAGGACCAAAUGUUCUCUGUCUCAUUGGGGAUUUGCCAUGGCAAUCAGUUACUGCACAUGAUAGAAAAAAAAGAUAAUCAUUCUAAGUAGUUCAUGCUGUUUAGCACAGGGGUCCUCUUGUUGUGGCCCCUAAAACACUGUAUGAUGUUGUGCAUUUAAGAGGCCAGCCUUAGUAAAUGGACCUAUUUUCUCUAGUUGCACAAUGUCACAAUGUAAAAAAGAACUUUUGUAUUCUCCUCUUGUAUGUCAUGCUUUUCAUCUGUUGUGCUUGGUGUCUGUAUUCUAAUGUUUUUUGAGUUUUUGUUUUCUACAAUGAAAUGCUGCUGUUUGUUGAAACGCAAAAGUGCCCAAAAUAUUUUUGUGAACCGAUGGUGUGCAAUAAAUGGACCGGUGUUGUUUCAAACUUUAAUCUUAUCUUUGGAACGGUAAGUUAGAAAAAUAAAUAUAUCUAAACAUGCAUAUUGUACAAAGGAGUUUAGGAUUUUGUUUCAAUCAAAUGUGACUGAAGGUGUGCCACACAGGUAGGAGCCCCUGUUUUGAUCUGUGAAACAUGGAGCAAGACUUUCUCACCAAACAACUGGUUCUGUUCAGCUUCUAAGUGUUUGUUUCAAAAGUCUGCAUGUUGAUAUCGUUCUGUGAAGUGACAGAGAGCAUGUCUUGAGAUGAGAUGGUUAGUCUCUAGGCCUUAUGACUUUCCAUUCAGCGUAGCUCUGAUGUGGACAGCAUGCCCUCUUCUAUUCUGUACAUUAUCCCUUUUUAUGUACAGUAUUUUAAAAUCUCUUGAUUACAUAUAGGACAUGCCUUUUCAGUGUACACUAGAUGUUGUAUACAUGCUCCAGUCCACAGGGUUUAUUUAACAAUAGGAAGACCCAGUAAAAGCUCCACAUAACAUAUAUUUUUAGUGAUUUUUGUAUUCUAGUUGCUGUUUUAAGACAUCUUUGGAUAUUCUUGUUAAAUGUGAAUAGGCCACUUAAUGUUUGAAUGAGGGGGCCUUGAUAGUCUUCUUUUUGUGACUGUCCGCAGUGUUUGUAUAUAUAUUAAUAUAUAAAUGUACAGUAUACACACUCAUGUUGGAUAUUCUUUAUACAGUAGAAUACUUGGUUUUAAUCUGCUUUCUUGCAGAUUAUGUAUUUUGUGUAUUUGAUACCGUAUCUCAACAGUAGUUUGGAGAGCCUGUACACAGAUGUUUCAGAUCAUGCUAGACUGUAUUAGGUGUUUUAACUGGAUCAUAUUUCAUGGUUGGCAGUGAGAAAACCCAGCAAGAUCACUCUAUACUAAAGAAUUUAUGGUUGUUUCAGAUCUUUGCUAUUGUUCUGGCUUUGCAGUCCUGUUGUUCUUACAAAAAGAGCUGUUUUUGUAUAAGUAUAACAUGUAAAUAAAACGACCUGAGUCAGAAUAAAAAA